GUGACGGCCCGACUUCUGGUCACAGACAAGUAGUGCAGGCUAAGGGAUUCCCACGUUAAGAAGAUAUAUAGUUUUGUCAACUGUAGUUUGAAACUGUGUCAUCUAUACUGAAUACUAUUAUUGGAACUACUACGCUUAUGACAACUUUACUCAACCUAGACAUGAAAACAGAAAGGGAGGAGAAUAUUCCGUAAUCAGUUAUCCACUCGCGCGAGUCUUUCAGCCAGAGAUGGCAGCGCUCAGGGGUCGUUGCUUUUACGUCUUCUGUCAGCAACCGAUUAUACAGAAGACUAAUAACAGAUGGCAGAGUGUGGCGGCAAGUCUUCAGAUGCAAGACUUCCUAAAUGGCGCCCCCCACAGGAAGCACCCAGGUGUGACGGCCUUGAAAAGCAUAUCCCUUCCAGAGGACCUGCAGAGAGCUGCCUUGUCUGUCAUACAUGGGGCAACAAUGAGCAGGCUGGCUGACAGGUCACACAGACUCACCAAUUUCCUGUGGAGCAGGCAGAGGCAGACGGAAGACUCGGCGCUGCGGAAGAAGGCAAUCACUCUGGAGAAAAUCUUCCGGGAAAGAGAGAAGGAGAGAGACAGAGAUGGAGACCCCCAAUUUCUGGAGACUCAAAUUCAGAAGAAGGUUUUGUCAGAACUGAAGAAAUCGACGUAUCACUGGACUCCACUGAGGUAUGAUGAGGACGUUGCCAUGGUGUACUUGGCUGCCAGGGUUGCCGGGGGUUACGCCGCUGUGAGGAGAGCUCUGAACGAGAUUAAGAAGAGAGAUGCGACUUUCUCUCCUCACUCUCUGCUGGACUUUGGGUCCGGUGUGGGAACGGUUCUGUGGGCGACACACACGCUGUGGGGUGACUCUCUGGGGGAGGCUGUAUGUGUGGACAGCUCUGGGGCCAUGAACUCACUGGCAGACCGGCUACUCAGAGGAGGCAUCGACACCGGAGAUCCCAUGAUCAAACAGGUCUACUUUCGGCAGUUCCUCCCUGUCUCUCCGAAGGUGCAGUUUGACCUGGUGGUGAGUGCAUUCUCUCUGUCAGAGCUGGCCUCCCAGAAGGAGAGGAGGGAGACUGUCCGUACACUGUGGAGAAAGACACACUCCUACCUGGUGCUGGUGGAAAAUGGGACAAAAGAUGGCCAUCAGAUUCUCAUGGAGGCCAGAGACACACUUCUAAUGGAAGAAGAUAAGGUGACCUUUGACUACAGGAGACCGGCUGUGUUUGCCCCGUGCCCACACCAGUUGACCUGCCCCAAACUGAAACAGCACCCCCUGCUGCCCUGCAACUUCCCCCAGCCCUACCGCCCCCUACCGCUGCAUGGGAGCGCCGAUCGUGAAAUAGAAAGGUUCAGUUACAUGAUUCUGACACGGGCGGGGCCAGGGGCGGGGCCAGACUGGGCGCGGCUGACGGGCCCAGUGCUCCGCAGGUCCCAACACGUCCACUGCCAGCUGUGCUGCAGCGACGGAGAGCUCAGACGGGUCGUCGUGACUGCCCACCGAAACGGCAGAGAUAUGUACCGCUGUGCCAGAAACAGUGAUUGGGGUGAUCGCCUGCCAAUCAUCCAGGCAGAGGAACACACCCCUGCAGAAUGAGGAGCCAAUCAGAACGUACCGCAGUGCAAAAGACUUUACUUUCAAAACUCUGCCUUCACCCCCACUCCCAGUUACCCAGUCAGAGAAAGACACUGGCCUGUUCCUUUAGGUAACCAAUCAGGGGCAGCCAGGGGAGUGAGGCUGGGUGAGACAGGGAGCCGGCCUGCAGGGCUCUUUCGCAGCGCCACCUGCUGGAGUGGAGGAUAACCUGAGGCAAGGGGGCAGAGUAUGUUCAGGAUGUCCCAUGUUGGGAGGUUAUAUUCCUGACUUCCCGUCAUGUCACUUUCCAUACACGCAGACACACAAACACACACACAUGCACACUCACUCCUGCUUUCUACUGACAUCACAGUCCACAGCUCAACUGUUUCACUCUUGUGUGUGUGAACAACCAAUUAAAUGUGCAUAUAAAUAUGA